AUGAGGUACCGUUACAUGUUAAUUGCACCGACUAUUUUGGCGUUAUGGACAAUUUCCCAAGUUUACAAAGCCGGUAGUUCUGGUUACGCACACAAGAACUUUUUUCUUGUUGUAAAUCAUUCAGAAGCUUUGAUUAAAGACAUGUUACGCAAGAAUGAUAAAGGGAAUGUUCUCAGUGACAAAGUUCCAGCACAGGAGAAAGGGGACUCUGUUGCUGAACACAAGAAAGACGAAACAGUCAGUGACUCAAUCCAAACAAAGAGGGGAAGCGAAUCAGUCAGUAACUUAGUUCCCAAGCAAAGCAGGGAAGAUGUUGAUACGGAUAAGACUGUCGCCCACUGCUCGAAAGAUGGCGAAAACCUAGGUAAGAUUGGCACCGAAAUGACAGGCUAGCAUCUAGGGUUUUUCAUUACCUUCACAACGAAAAGUAACCAAAUCAGGAGCGUCGCUAGAGGGGCGUUUAGGGGGGUUUACGGUGGGUGGAAUUCCCCCUCUCCCCCGAAUCGUCAGGUAGUGGCAAAUUAUUGAGUCCCAGUCGGUAAAAUGUUUUCGUAGUCAGAAAAACAUGCAUUGGACAGGAAGGGAAAAAACAAAAACAUACGAGUUACUCGGAUUAAAAACUAAUAAUUAUAGCUAAAAUUUGGGGAAAUGAACGAUAAAAUUAACGAUAAGUUAACCGAAUAACGAUAUGUUAAAGAGACUGUCAAGCCCGUUCUGCUCAUGAGCGUGUUUUGUUUACAUUUUUUGUUUCAAACAAUAGAUAAUUCUAUUAAAAAUCCGAUCAAUUAAAUUAUCUAUUAAUUGAAACAAAAAAUGUAAAUAAAACACGUGCAUGAGCGGAAUGGACUUGACACUAGCUCUUUAAUUAAAGAGAAAGAAAAUGAAAAUAUGUCGGGAAAAAUAUUUGUUUUCCCCCUCCCUCGCCAACAUUUUUGGGAAAAGAAAUAUUAAUUAGCGGUUGAGAUGACUAGGCAAAAUUCACUUACACCCACCCACCCAUUAAAAUAGGGCUAGCGAUGCCCCUGAACCAAAUAAUAGCGCGACCGUGUCCUUGGAAGCGAAAGUCCUUCAAAAAGAAAAUCUUGACAGUGUGUGUCUUAAGCCGGUUUUCCACUUCAAGCGUACCAUAACGAAACGUAUCAAAAACGUUUUUAAAUUUCAAAAUUUCGUGAAUGUUGAUUGGUUAGUACUUCCGUAGUACGCCAAAAAGUUGACUUGGGACGAACUUUUUAUUUUGAUACGCGAAUACACCCGAGAGUACGUGGAUUUAUAAACCUCUUUUCAAUCUGCGCAUGCUCACCAGUACGUUUCGGUACGAUACGGGCGAAGUGGAACACCGGCUUUAGGCUGCAUUUACACUGUACCGAACAGAGUGACAAAUCUUAUGUAUUCUAUUUUAUUUAUGUAUAGUUGGUGGUCUGCUGGUAGAUAACCACAUCGUAAGCAGUAUGGAAGAUCUGGAAAGGUCAUUCUCAGUUCAGUACGGAGGUUGGGUGGAGAAAGGCGGAGCAUCAAGACCACCACAUUGUAAACCUGCUAGAAAG